AAUCCCUUCACCUACAAAAAUAUACAAAACCAUUUCACCUUUGAUCACACACAUACAACAAUGGAAGUUUUAUCCACCAUGUUGACUUUCAUACCCUUUUCUUUUCUAUGUAUCUUCUUAGGUUUAUGUUUCAUGAUAUUAAAGGGAAAAUCCAUAGGUAACUCAAACUAUGCACCAUGCAAAGGCACAGUGUUUAACCAACUCCUCCACUUCAAGAACCUCCAUGACUACCAUACAGAACUGGCCAAGACGAAUCCGACUUUCCGGCUACUCACGCCGGAUCAGAGCGAAUUGUACACGGUGGACACGAGAAACGUGGAGCACAUAUUGAAAACAAAGUUUGAUAAGUACUCAAAAGGGAAGUACAAUCAAGAUGUUCUGAGUGAUCUUUUUGGUGAAGGGAUUUUUGCUGUUGAUGGUGAGAAGUGGAGGCAACAAAGGAAGCUUGCUAGCUAUGAAUUUUCCACAAGAGUUCUUAGGGACUUUAGUUGCUCUGUUUUUAGAAGGAAUGCUUCUAAGUUGGUUAGAGUUUUAUCUGAAUUUUCUCAUCUAGGUGUGGCUUUUGAUUUGCAAGAUUUAUUAAUGAGAUCCGCUUUGGACUCAAUUUGUGAAGUUGGGUUUGGAACAGAAUUAAAUUGCUUAGAAGAAUCAAGCAAAGAAGGAGUUGAGUUCAUGAAGGCCUUUGAUGAAUCAAAUGCAUUGAUUUAUUGGCGCUAUGUUGAUCCAUUUUGGAAGAUCAAAAGGUUCCUUAACAUUGGUAGUGAAGCUACCCUUAAGAAAAAGAUUAAAUUAAUGGAUGAUUUUGUCCAUGGAGUAAUUAAGGCCAGAAAAGCACAAUUGGCAGUUCAACAAGAAGAGUCUUCUUCUAAUGUUAAAGAGGAUAUACUGUCAAGGUUUUUGAUGGAGAGCAAGAAGGAUCCAAAAACUAUGACAGAUAAGUAUUUGAGGGAUAUAAUUAUGAACUUUAUGUUAGCUGGAAAAGACUCAAGUGCAAACACUCUCACAUGGUUCUUCUACAUGCUUUGCAAGAACCCUCUUCUUCAGGAAAAGAUUGCACAAGAAGUGAGAGAUAAUGUCACUUGUUAUAGUAGCCAUGAAGGAGAAGAAAACAUUGAUGAGUUUGUGUCCAAUUUAACAGAUGAUACCAUUGAUAAAAUGCAUUAUCUUCAUGCUGCAUUGACAGAGACAUUGAGACUCCACCCUGCUGUCCCUCUGGAUGGAAGAACAGCAAAUGAAGCAGACACUCUGCCAGAUGGAUACAAAGUGAAGAAGGGAGAUGGAGUGUACUACUUAACAUAUUCUAUGGGAAGAAUGUCUUCCAUUUGGGGUGAAGAUGCUGAAGAAUUUCUUCCUCAAAGAUGGCUCCAACAUGGAGUUUUUCAACCUCAAUCUCCAUUCAAAUUCGUAGCUUUCCAUGGUGGACCACGUAUAUGCUUAGGAAAGGAGUUUUCUUACAGACAGAUGAAAAUAGUGGCAAUGGCUCUUCUACGCUUCUUCAGGUUUAAACUAGCAAAUGAAACACAGAGUGUGACUUAUAAGGUCAUGUUUACUCUUCAAAUGGACAAGGGUCUCCCUCUCUAUGCACUUCCAAGGUCAUUAAAGUAAUUAUGCAAUGUAAAGUAGUUGGAAUGGAAAUGCUCAUCUUUUGUUUACUGAUGAUAAUAUAUGAUGAUUUGUCUUUUCUGGUUUA